CUUCCUUCCUCUCCCGCUCGAAACCCUGUCGCCGUCCCUCCUCUUCUCCCGGUUUCGCUCAAAUCUAUCGUUUUCGUGACCGGAAAGCUCCCAACACAGUAGCGGUUGAAUCUAGCCGGGAAGGCAAUGACAGCAUCGCGUCUUACAAAGACUCUGAAGCUCUCAUAUCUGUCUUCCUUCCGGUCCGCUCCUACCAGCAACCAUUGAGGAGGAAGGUAACCCUCGUCUUUCUCCCCCUUCCUCCCUCUCUCUCUCUAUUCCUCCGCGCGCUUUAGCUUCUAUAAAUCCCGUAUAUCCGCCUUCCAACGGGAUUUACUAAAUCCUGAAUUCAAGGCAAAAGGGAGGAAAAAUGGGAUUUAAGAACCCAUAGGAUUCACCAAGCAGCCCUAUAAAAGGCUCAAAUUUUGAUUUUAAUGUAUUAGAGGAGAGUUGGAAGAGAGAAUGGAGACGGUGGAGGAGAAGAGGGAGAUUGGACCAGAUGAGGGUUUAGGACAUCCAAUUCAAACCUCAUACAGAUUCAAACUCACUGAAAUAUUAAAGAACCUACACUCUCCCGAACUAGUCAUUUACUCUGAUUCUUCAAAAGAAUUUAUUUAUUUGUUAAGAGGCCAUUCUGGUGGGGAAGUUCUAUGUGAAUAUGUUCAGCUGUCCCCCAAGUGUACAGAGAUUUUGGAAGCUUGGAAGCUUCACACGGGGAAGCCUGGAAUGUCUUUCAUACUGUCUCUUCUUUCAGUGAUACUUAGUCAUUCGGCAGGGAGGUCCCAAUCUGCUAUUGGAAACAGUCUUGAUUCUGUUUCAAGGUUUGUAAUUGAGUAUAAAUUAGAUGAUAUUUAUGCUGAACUCAACAGUCAUGAAUCAAGGCGACAGAAUGCUGCAUUAUCUCUCUUAGCAUCUAUUGUUAGGCGAAGAAUUGGCCUAGCAUCCGAGGUUGCUAAAAGAUUUGAUUUUAAGCUCCCUAUUUUUUCUAAGCUUUGUGGGGUUCACAAGAAAAGGGCUGGAAAGGAUUUUAAGCCUAGCAAGAGGCUUUCAACUAGGCGAGCUUUUGUGGAAUUUGCCAUGUCUUUCUUAGAAGUUGGAAAUCCUAGACUCUUGAGAUGGAUCCUUCAGCAAAGGGACAUGUACUAUGGGGUGCUCCGUUCCCUUGCAAGUGAUGACAACGAUACCAUUAGUAAUGUUUUAUCCAUCUUGCAUGAAAAGCUUCUUAAAGAGGAUUCACUUGUCCCACCGGGGCUUCGUAGUGUUCUUUUUGGAAGUUCCACACUGGAGCAAUUGAGCAUUAUUUCAGGAAAUCCAUUAGCAGGCCCUGCAGCGGAUAUUGCUCAUGAUGUUUUGGUUGCAGUCUGCACUGAUCCUCAGAAUGGGCUCAUGCCAGGACCAGGCUUGAAAGGCAAUAAAAAACGACUUUUGGACUUUAUGAAGAAGUUAAGAGCCACGGAAGCGGCACAUCAUAAGCAGUUACUUCUAGCCAUUGUCAAAAAGGAAGGGUACCUGUGUUCAGCUUACUUAGAUGAGUUCCCUUACCAUCUUGAACCUCGUCCAUCUUCAUCCUGGUUUUCUGCCAUUUCUCUUGCAGCUGAAUUAAUCUCCACCAUAAACAUUGGUUCAACUAUUACUUCUAAUUUAUGUGAUCAGCCAGGCACGGAUCCACAUGAGAUAUUGAAAUGUAUAAUUCCACGAGCUUUUACAAGGUCAAUGAUAAACAAGGGGUUACUUCAUUCAGAUGAUAUUGUAAAACAUGGUGCUUUGAGGCUUGUCUUAGAAUUAUUGAAAUCAUUGGAUGGCUUAUUGGCAUCAUUGGAUAUGUUGAGUCAACGCACUAUUGUAAGACAAGAAGCUGGUUUUUGUGUGGAAAGCAUGGCUAGCAUGCAUAAUUUACCUGGCUUAAAUUAUAUUGUGCAUGUAGACGAGCACUUAAGUGACAGCGGGAUUCCUUCUUUUUCUUCUGAUGAAGUUAUAACAAAAAAUUGGGUUUCCUUGAAGCAUUAUAUUCAGAAUGAGAUCCGUGCAGUACUUCCAGACCCUCAGGUUUUGUUGAAAUUGCUUUCUUCAUCAUGUGCACAAUAUUCAGGCAUAGGUGUAAAGAGAUCUGCAAAUUUUACUGGCCUUGCAACAAAAAAAAUGAAAUUAAAUGAAGUGAGUGAGAAUAUUGAUAUUCUUAUAUGUGGGAUGGACUCACCGCUAACCAACGAUAUUGCCGAAGAAUCCAUAAAAGUGACACCUCCUCAACUCUUGGAAGCAGAGACUGAUCUUUUUUCUAUGAUUUAUGAGAUUUGGGGAUUGCCUGAAAACAAAUUUGAUAAUAAAUCUAAGGAUGCCAAUAGUUUCUUUCAGUCAAAGUUGUUCGAUGUUCUUAAAAUUUAUUUGCGAGCAAUGCCAAUUGCCUUUGAAGGAUCUUUUGACUUCUUCAAACUUCUACCAGCUAAUCCUUCAAGCUUAUCUAUUGAUCAGCAGCGGUCUCUAUUAUCUCUACUUGCUGAAUCCAUCAAACAAUCUUCAGGAAAUCGAAUAUCAACUGGAAUGCUCUACAAGCACUUGCAUCCUAUGAUAAAUUUCAUGAUAUUUUCUCAAGUAGAGGAUAUUAAAAGUCAAGCAUAUACUUUGGUGCGUGCAGUGAUGAUCACUACUGGUGCCUUUGAUCAAAAUCUCUCAGAAAUUGAUUCUUGGUUUGUUUUUUUACCUGGCUCCAUUAAUAAUAUCAAUGUCGGCCAAAGCAAAGAAGUAGAAGCGCUUUUCAACCAGUCUGCAAUUGUUGUUUCAUUUCUCUGUGAAGCGGUUUCUACAAUUGGUAACAAUCUGUACAAGUAUCUUGAUCAGAUGCGUAAGCUUCUCUCUGAAGUUGAAGUUAAUGAUAAUUCCGCGUGUCUCAGUCCUUUUAUCAUUUGUGUACUUCAAAAGUGCCUCAGGCUGCUCUGGUCAGAUUCUGAAAACUUAAAGUUACAUGAGAGUUCUAUGAUUUCCUUAUAUGUGGGCAAUACAUUGAGCUUAAUUAUGCAUUCUCAGGUGGAUAUGAUAGCCCUACCUAGUCUCAUUUAUGUGCUUCUCCAUGAAAUUUUUGAGAAUCACUCCUCAGUAGAUGGGAAUCCAAGGCAUUCCCUUUGUGAAUGGAGGCCAUUAAAGAAACUGUUUGGCUUUGCUUGUAAUAUUUUGGACGAACAUGUCUGCAUAUUGCAUUCUGUUUCAGGUUAUAAUGUUAAAAAAAGUGAAAACUCUCUCUCUUUAGUACUUGCUGAAGUGAAAGAGCUUUUAAGACACGCACAAGGGGGAAGGGUAGAUGGAUUGGCUACUGCCCUCACAUCAUCAAUCUUAUGUGCAGCUCAUGACGAUAUACUGGCAAUUCUUCCUUCUAUUCUAGCCAUUAUGCAUCUAUGUUUCCCAUCACAUCUACCAUUGUUGAGCUCAGUCUUUUUUCAAGAACCAAAGUUUCUUGUUCGUAUCAGGGAGCUUUGGCCCAAAAUGUUCUCUUCUGGUCUUGAAAUGAUUAUCGAAAAAAUUGAACAUUGUUAUGGAGAUUUUAGGUAUGUAUUCUCAAGCAAUGAGUCAAUAAUGGAAGCCAAUCUUGAUUCCAUGGAAUUCUCAACUUCUGCCUUCUGCUCCUUUUUGAAGCACUCUCCAUUUUAUGUGCUAUUAUCCUCAGUCUUGAGCUUUGCUACCUGGGAAUCAGAUUUAACCGGAAUUCAAGAGGUUUUUCCUUUAAAUAGAAUGCAAGUGUUGCUUAAAGUCAAGAUUUCUGAAGGCUCUAUCGAUGACUCUAUCUUGAAUCUGAAAUAUGUGCUGUUUUGGAGCUACCGUAUUUUCUUACUGUACAAAGAGAAGCAAUCCUAUAUUAACGGUGAACUUCUCCUAAUGUGUAUAACUCUUGUUCAAGAUUUAAUGGAUCAUCUCCUGGCAGUGAUUUCUGACCAAGAUGGUUCAAAAGUUUGCUUUCUCUCUUCAGUUGGACAGUAUGCACAGAUUAUUGCCGAGCUCAUCUUCUGCCAUCCCAUUGUGACCCUGUACAUUGCAAAUCCUUUGUAUUUCAGCCGGAGAUUUACAAUUGAAACUUUUGGAAUUUCUAUAGACUCUUUUCUAACAACUUUUAAACAAAAUAUUCAUUCAGUGGACCUAUGUAUGUUACAGUUGUUGAGGAAGAUAUUUGGGUUUUGGUUAGCUUUGAGUAGAGCUAUUAGUUCAUCUGAAACAAUUGAUUCUGUUCUGGAAUCUCUUAUAAGUGCUAAAAGUACUCUAGUGCAAAAGAUUUUACUGUCUUUUAGAGAAAAGUUUGAGCAAUUUGUUGCUAGUAAACAUGCUGGACCUUUUCUCCCUACAUUUUACAUAUUGCAGUCUUUGUUUGACUUUAUUUUACUCUUUGAUUUGCUGGAGUUAGUUCAUUGGAUGUUCGGUAAAAUUGAAAGCAACAUGUCAAGCGACACGUCAUCAUUGGAACAAGCCGUUUCUGUAAGCUUGUAUAUUGCAAAUAUUUCACUUGAUAAGCUGUACAGCCUUCUACGAAACUCAACUUCGAAGCUCAAAUCGGAUAUUUUAUUGGAAGUAGGAUUUAAAAGUUUUGACAGCUCCCUUGUCCCAAAAAUUUUUUAUAAGAUUCUCAACUUUUCUUUAUGUUUUCAUCUAAAAUUAUCCGACAUUUGCUUACUAAAGGCUGUGAAUGUUGUAUAUAACCACCGAUGCUUAAAACCUUUAACUGUUCUCCAUCCACUGCAUGUACUGCUUUCUAGCAUGGUUUCUAACAUUCCUGUGAAGAUGCUUAUGUAUUACAUCUAUUGUAGCAGUAAGAUUAAAGGAAAAGCAUUGUUUCUGCUUACUGAAAUCAGUUCUGUUCAGAUGAACUUAUUUGGAAAAAUGUUUUUGGCUAUUUUAGAUAAUAGGCCGUCUUCCUUGAUUGUUUCAAAUGGUGGUUUUAUGCAACCUUGUAGAGAUAAAAGGACCAGCAAUACAAAAUACUGUCUUUCAAAUGAUGAAUUCUUGCUUCUUUUGCCAGCUGCUUUAUCAUAUUUCAUUUCUGCCUUAGAGAAGCAUGGAGAGCAGAGUGUUCAGCCUUUUAUGAAAAUUCCCCUCGCUUACGCAAAUAUACUUUUGGAUGGUUUCUCUAGUUGGGACGUCUUCGUUUCUCAGGAGAUUUUCCAAGAAGAUUAUGAUGAAUUUUUACCCAUUUCUUUGGAGGAAUUUAACAAAUUUUGCUGCAGCUCCCUUAUUGGGAAGGCAGUUGCAAUGCUCCGGUACUUUUUUGUGUUAGAUGGGAGUUCAAUUAGCUGGGAGAAAAGGUUAGGACUAUUUGAUAGUAUUUGUCCUCAGUCAAGCUUUUUUGAUGGACAUUUUAGUUGUGGCUCUCAGGGUUUGGAUGCUUGUUCAUAUAAGGAGUCUUUGAAGGGGAUUAAUAAAGUUGUUGCUAAGAUAUCUUUUAUGAGGCUGCUCUUAUUUUCUCCAGAGUGUUCGAUCCAGUCUAUGGCUUUCUUGGAGGAAGAAAGUGUUGAAUUCAAGGUCACGGAAAAGGAAUCUGGUCGAUUGAAUGAUGCAAAACUAAGGCUUAUGAACAUCCUAAUGAAUACAUUGGAUCAAAUUUUUAAGCAAUUUCCCCUGAGGUUAGAUGACUCAGUAGAUGGUUGUGCCACCCACUGUUAUGGAGUGUUUAGAUUACUAGAGAAUCUAAUUUUGAAGGAAAUUGUCUGGUUGUCAAAGAAGAUGCAUAACUAUUUGAUUGAAAUCUCCUCCUUUUCUUUUGUGAAUCGUUUCAUAAGGUCAUCCCUCCUUCACAGAUUUGAGGAUCAUGUUACACUGAAAGCCAUUCGUUGCAUUCUUGUUUCAUUGUCAGGAUCAAAGUUUUCCUUUCACGAUGUUCUUGAGCUUCUGAUUGGUCACUCUGCUUUCGUGAAAACUAUCAUUUCGAAUCUUGCUAUCUCUGAUUCCUCCAUUUUUGCCUCCUGUGGGACAUUGCUUCAGCCACUUUACAGUGUUCUAAAACUUGUUGAUGUUUAUGAUGGUGUACAGAAUAUCUGUCAUACUGAACCAUCUUCUAAAGAAGGUCUUGAUUGUUAUUCUGUUGAAGAUGUAAAACUUGAAUUAGUGAGGUUGCUUAGAAUAUUAUUUCAUCUCAAGGAUAGAAAUACCAUAACAAAUUGCUUCAAUUCAAGAGAAUUGCUUUCUUUGCUUUUGUGCGGCUAUAGUGCAACCAAAAGUCAGAUUGACCUUGAGAUAUUUCAUCUAAUGCGUGAGAUAGAGUCGGUUAAAAAGCAAGAUAAUGUGAGCAUGGUAGCAUUAGAUUACAUGUGGGGUGUUGCUGCCUUGAAAAUGAGGAAUGAGAAAACUCAUGAUGUAUUAUUACCAUCAAACACAACAUCUGCUUGUGAAACGAUUGAAGAACGAAAGAUUCACUUUAGAGAGAACAUUCUAGUUGAUUCAAAAGUGUGUGCUGUCACAGUAUUGCAUUUAUGCAGUGAUAGAUCAUCAAGAGUUUUAGUCUCUCUGGAAAGUCUUCUAGAAGACACAUUCAUUAAUUUUACAAAGAUACCGGCAUCUUCCGGGAAGGACAUCAUUCAACCGUAUGAUCCAUCAUUUAUAUUACAGUUUUCAAUUCACAGUCUAUCGAUGGGGUACCUUGAACCUGUAGAGUUUUCUCGGCUCGGCUUACUUGCUGUUACAUUUGCUAGUUUAUCUUCAUCCGAUGAAAAUAUUCGAAAACUAGGGUAUGAGUGCCUUGGAAGGUUCAAGAUCUGUUUGGAGAAUGGUAAAAAAAGUAAGGAUUUGUUGCAGCUGCUGCUUCUUUUGACGUACUUACAGAAUGGCAUAACAAAAGAAUGGCAGGAAAUUCCAUCAGUUUUUGCAAUAUUUGCUGCAGAAGCUUCUUUCACAUUAUUGGACUACUCUCAGAAUCAUUUCAUUACAACAACUAAAUUCCUAAUGCAUUUCCCUAGGGCGAACUUGAAGAUUAUUCCAUUAUUUCACACAUUGUUUGGAAGUAGUUCCGUCCAUUUCAGAACAGACUGUUUAUGGAUCCUACGUCUAUUGUACGCGGGGUUGAAUUCUCCAAGUGAUGCAAAGCUUUACUUAAGAAAUAACGUCCUGGAUGCAUUAUUGAGCUAUUCUUCCUCCUCACUCGCUGAUGAUGAAGUUAAGAUUCUCAUCCUCAUGAUUGUUAAAAGAUUUGUUCAAUUUCAUGUGGUAGCAGACUAUUUAGUCAAAGAAUUUGGCCUACUACCGUGGUUAUCCUCACUUACAUUAUUCUAUGGAGAGCGACUUAUUGGACAUCAAGAAGGACGAUCUUCUGUUGAUAUUUUAAAGUUGAUUUUGGAGAUCGUCAAUGAUUUAGUAUCCUCUAGCAUGAUUAGUGAAUGGCUGCAACAUUGUGCUCUUGAGCUCUUAUCAGAGUUUUCAUUGCUAGUACUUGAACUGUUUGUGGGUAAUGUGAAAUUCCUCAAGGAAGAUAUUUCGUUAGUACGGGGGAUGUUAAUUGUGAUAACAUCCACUGCAAAGUUGUCGCAGAAAAGAAAUAUUUAUCAGCCACAUUUUAUCUUAUCACUGGUGUCUUUAUUUCAAUUAUUCCAGGCUGUCAGUGUUACAUCUGUUAACUUUGGGUAUAUCAUUGAACUUGGGAUUGAUGCCAUUCUUAUGAACACGCCCACACCAUGUGUAUCACUUGUGCAUAAAGAAAUUUUGAUUAAGCUUCUUACAUGGGCGGCUCCAACUGUUUUAUGGUCGAACAUUAACAAGAAGUCUGCUGCCAAGGAUCUUAAUUCAGCUUUAUUUAAUCUAUGCGGUGAAGAGCAGAUAGAGGAAUCUCUUGCAUCAAAACUGUUGAGAUGGGUAUCAGCUGCAGUUAUCCUUGGACCUGUUAUAAGCAACCAAAGUGAAAUAAGCACGUCUUCAAACAUCUCUGGGAAAGAAAAUAUGCUUGCAUAUCUUAAAAUAAUUUCAACGGAUGCUACAAAGAACAGUUCUGUAGUUAAUGAGUCAUUAGCUAUUUUGAUUCUGCACCUCCAGGAUCUUCUUAGCAGGAAGUGUGUUUUUCUAUCUGUAGUAGCUGCACUUUGUGCAUUACUCCUGAGCGCUGCUUCAAGCAGAGAAGGAGUGAAGAAAUAUUUCGAUGAUAACUAUGACAUAAUUCAAUCACUCUGCUCAAAGAUCCGUUUCCCGACUGAAACUACUUCUACCUGGAGAUGGUCUUUUGAUCAACCAUGGAAAGAUCUUUCUGUGAAUAAGUCAGAAAUGGAGCUGAUGGAGGAAGAGCACGCUUGUCAAAGCCUUCUCAUCAUAUUUUCUAAUGCCGUUGGGGUGGGAAAUGCGCAGGGAUUUCCAGCUCUCAGCGUUAAAGAUGUGGAGAAUUGUGGCUUGUAUCAGUGGGAAAAAAAGGUCUUUGUAGAGCCUGCUGACAACGAACAGGUCUUCCUCUCCGAACAAAUCAGAGAUUGAACUAAUUGAGGAAGAUGCAUGAUUGUCUAAUACUUCUCAUCAGAACUUCUCUGCAUUUGAGAUGUGGAGAAUUGAGGCUUUUUUUAGUGGGAGUUAGAGUUCUUCGCUGGCUCCAGAAGUCUGUAGAGGUGGCUGGGGAUGGCUAGCCUAUUUAUUUGUGGCACUGUUGCUUUUUAUGUCAGUUUUCAUGCUGCUUACAAUAUUUUACAAUAGAAGAAGACAUAUUGAGGAGGUCAGGGUGCAGGUUCCCCCACCAAUGACAGCCAUGGAACUACGCUUGGCCAUUCAUAAUGCUUAUUUCUUAGGCCAAGGAGCUCGUGCAAGCUGGAAACAUAGGUAUGUUGACGUUGCGAGCUCUACUGCUUGCUAUCCCAUCUCAGUUUUUUAUUUUUAUUUUGGAAGAUUUGCAUCCAUUGCAAUUAAUUCUUAUGUAUUUACAUAUC